GAAAAUAUUUUUUUUCUAUUUCUUCUAAGAUUUUUAUUUAGCUAAACAAAAUAACAAUCACCAAGGAUAUGGCAGCUGAAGCAGGGAAGAAGGAAGAGAUGGCGAAGGUGAAAAUCACCAGCAAAAGCCAUGUCAAGCCUAGCAAGAUUAUAGGAAGAAAAGAAUGUCAAUUGGUCACAUUUGAUCUCCCAUAUCUGGCAUUCUAUUAUAACCAGAAGUUGUUGUUUUACAAGGCUGGAGAGUUUGAGGAAAAGGUGGAAAAACUCAAGGACGGGCUCAGGGUAGUUUUGGAGGAGUUUUAUCAGCUAGGAGGCAAGCUUGGAAAAGACGAGGAAGGGGUUUUCAGGGUGGAUUAUGACGAUGAUAUGGACGGUGUUGAGGUGUUAGAAGCCAUCGCGGAGGGGAUCAGCGUCGAUGAACUGGCGGCUGAUGAAGGCACUAGCUCUCUCAAGGACCUGAUACCGUACAAUGGUGUGUUGAACUUGGAGGGCCUUCACAGGCCUCUGUUGUCUGUGCAGUUAACAAAGUUGAAAGACGGACUGGCAAUGGGGUGCGCAUUUAACCACGCGAUCCUUGAUGGAACCUCUACUUGGCAUUUCCUGAGCUCUUGGGCCCAAAUCUGUAGUGGGUCCAACUCCAUCUCUGUCCCACCGUUUCUCGAGCGGACCAAAGCCCGAAACACCCGCGUGAAGCUGGACCUCUCUCUACCACCCAAUCCAGUCGCUUCAUCCAACGGUGACGCCAAGCAAGGCCCGCAACUCAAGGAGAAACUCUUCAGGUUUUCGGCAUCUGCCAUUGACAAGAUCAAGUCCAAAGUCAACUCUAACCCACCAUCCGACUGCUCUAAACCAUUCUCGACUUUUCAAUCUCUAGCUGUGCACAUAUGGCAGCAUGUAUCCCAAGCACGUAAACUUAAACCCGAAGACUACACAGUUUUCACUGUCUUUGCAGAUUGCCGUAAAAGGGUUGAUCCCCCAAUGCCCGACAGUUACUUUGGCAACCUGAUUCAAGCCAUCUUCACCGUCACGGCUGCUGGGUUUUUGUUGGCUAAUCCACCGGGAUUCGGUGCAUCAGUGAUACAAAAAGCUAUAGAAUCGCACAAUGCGAUGGCCAUCGAUGAACGUAACAAGGAGUGGGAAGCUGCACCAAAGAUUUUUCAGUUUAAGGAUGCUGGUGUCAACUGCGUGGCAGUUGGGAGCUCUCCCAGGUUUAAGGUUUACGAUGUGGAUUUCGGGUGGGGAAAACCAGAAGGAGUGAGAAGUGGAUCCAACAACAGGUUCGAUGGGAUGGUGUAUUUGUAUCAAGGGAAGAGCGGUGGCAGGAGCAUUGACGUGGAGAUCACAUUGGAAGCUGAAGCCCUGGAGAAGUUGGAGAAAGAUAACGAGUUUCUCAUGGAAUUCUAGUUAUAAUAUUUUGCUUGAACAAUGAUAAUACUUUGGGGGUAGCAUCAAUAUUCUUAUAAAUUAAGUUUCAUGAUGAUUUUAAUUUAACACGGAUUGACAUAAAAAUUAGGAGGGUGCUAUUUUCACAUUUAUUUUGAUAACAAGAAGACAUCAGAUGAAACUUCGUCGAUUAAAAUGAACUAAUAUCAGUGUAAAUGUGAAAAUAGUUGCAUCCUUGAAUAAAUCCGUGAUAAAAAUUGUAAAAUGAAGGAGACUUAUGCUAUUGCUACUCAACUUUAUGUUGGUUUUUUCUUUUAUUUUCACUUGGGAAGAAUGUUGAAGCGAAGUUAGGGCAGUUGCUUGACUUGUUACUUAGAUUUUGCCUGUGGUUCUGUCUUUGUUGUUAAUGUUGUGACUAUAUGGAAUUAAUUGAUUUUCAAUUAAAUGCACCGAACUAUCAUGGAUAUGGAUUAUAAAAGUUGUUGGGAUUCUCUUGUUUGACAAUAUUGUUGAAAUCUACAACACUUUAGAUUUGGGACAAUAUGAAUAUAUCGUGUUGAAACUGUGGUCUCAUGCGUUUUUGAUGGACCGCAGUUUAAGGAAUAUUGAACGCCCUUUUAGCGAUUCAAUUGGAGUCGGAGUUGAAUGUGUUUGAGCUUUUACUUAAGUUGUAGUACCAAAACUGGGGAGUAAGAAGAUUCAUGCAUGUAUAUGGUAAAUCUUCUUUAAAAAAAAGGAUUGGGUAAAUAUUCUGAUAAUUUUGGCUUUUAAUUCAGGAUAAAAUGUGA